CAUAGACAUGUGUCCUUUCACAAUGUUCUUACUUCUUUCUUUAAGUAAUUCAGCUCCUUUCGUGUUGGGUCAACCUCUUUCCAUAUAUAACACACCAUUGGUUACUGAUCAUGCCAUUGCCAAUUAAAAACCUGUGACUCUUUCUCAGGUUCCUAAGUACACGAAUUUCUCUGUUUCUGAAGUUUUUUGGGGAUUCGUUCAGUUACUUCAUUUGUUGAUCACAUGGUGGUGGAGCUUCCAAAGAUUCCUGAAAACUAUACAACAAUGGAAAACUCUGACAGCAAUGUGUUUCAACUAGUUGUUAAACAACGGGAGCCUACUCUUGCUGCUCCAGAGAAAGAUACAGAGAAAGGUCUCUACUUUCUCUCAAAUCUUGAUCAAAACAUUGCAGUGAUCGUCCGUACUGUCUACUGCUUCAAAUCAGAUGAGAAAGGGAAUGAAAACUCUGUAGAAGUUAUCAAGAAUGCCUUGAAAAAGGUUCUUGUUCACUACUACCCUCUUGCUGGCCGACUGACUAUAAGUUCUGAAGGAAAGCUUAUUAUAAAUUGCACUGGAGAAGGUGCUGUUUUCGUUGAGGCUGAGGCUAACUGUGCAUUGGAAGAGAUUGGGGACAUAACAAAACCCGAUCCUCACACCCUUGGAAAGCUCGUUUACGACAUUCCUGAUGCAAAGAACAUUCUGCAGAUGCCUCCUCUUGUGGCUCAGGUGACCAACUUCAAAUGUGGAGGAUUUGCACUUGGAUUGUGCAUGAAUCAUUGCAUGUUUGAUGGAAUUGGUGCUAUGGAAUUUGUGAACUCCUGGGGAGAAACAGCUAGAGGCUUACCACUUUCUGUUCCUCCAUUUGUAGACAGAAGCCUACUCAAAGCCAGGAACCCACCAAAGAUAGAGUAUCUUCAUCAAGAAUUUGCUGAGAUAGAAGACAGGUCUGACACCAAUAAGCUUUACAAAGAAGAUGAAAUGAUCUACAGUUCCUUCUGUUUCGAUCCUGAAAUGCUUGAGAACAUCAAAACAAAAGCAUUGGAAGAUGGGGUUCUUGAUAAGUGCACAACUUUUGAGAGCCUUUCAGCAUUUGUAUGGAGAGCUAGAACCAAGGCACUAAAGAUGCUACCUGAACAACAAACAAAGCUUCUAUUUGCGGUUGACGGAAGGCCUAAAUUCAAUCCACCAUUGCCAAAAGGGUACUUUGGCAAUGGAAUUGUGUUAACAAAUUCUAUAUGUGAAGCAGGUGAACUACUAGGAAAGCCAUUGUCAUAUGGAGUUGGACUAGUUCAGGAUGCAAUUAAAAUGGUAACAGAUUCUUACAUGAGAUCAGCUAUGGAUUAUUUUGAAGUGACAAGAGCUAGGCCAUCGUUAGCUUCAACUCUGUUAAUAACAACAUGGUCUAGAUUAUCAUUCCACAUUACAGAUUUUGGGUGGGGCGAUCCAAUUCUAUCAGGGCCAGUUGCAUUGCCAGAGAAAGAAGUGAUAUUGUUCUUGUCACACGGUAAAGAGAGAAGAAACAUAAAUGUGCUUCUGGGUUUGCCUGCUUCUGCCAUGAAGAUCUUCCAAGAACUGAUGAAGAUUUGAGAAACAAGAAUUUGACAUUUCCUUUUAAUGUUUGCUUUAAUGCUUGUCAAUGGUGGUUUUAUCUCAUUGUGUUUGUUCUAAAUUUUAUUUAUGGUCUGAUUAAACAUAAUUAUUAUUUUAAAAAUAAAUUUAUCCACUUCAUUUGUAAA